AUGGCAGAGAAGACUCUGGACAAAGAUGCCUUUUUCAAGGCACUGGAACAGCUGGAUUGCUUGACGGACGACUCGGAGGAUGAGGCUGAUAUUGAAUUGUCUCAUAUUAUCAAACGAUCGAGAAACAGUGACAAUCUUUGCUCUUCAAAUUGUCGCAAAGAUACACAACCUUUCAAACUGCUACGUGCGACUUCAGCUCCUCAGUCUACUUCGACCAGUAUCGCAAACUCAAGCACCCAUAGCAGGAUGCUCGCUCCAGGUAGCGAUGACUUGCAGCCCGGGGUCAAAAGAUCCAACACUACCGGGACCUUGACUGGACGUUCAGAAGGCGACAAGCAAUCUAAACGGAGACGGGUGACCGCCUCUAGGACUGUUCCUGAAGAGCAGCAGAUUUUCAAGGGCCUUGUGUUCUUCUUCUUUCCUAACAACAAUGUCUCGCCUCUUCGGCGCCUACGGAUUCAGCGUGCUCAGGAGUACGGUGCCACCUGGGCGAAGACGUGGGAAGCUGAUAUCACUCAUGUGAUAGUUGACAAAGGUUUGAUGUUUCAAGAUGUUCUUAAACAUCUCAAACUCGAGGCCUUCCCGCCCAAUGUUGCUUUGCUCGACGAAAGUUAUCCUUCCGAGUGUAUAAAAUUCAAAUCUGUGCUAAGCACAACGCUUGUUCGAUUCCGCGUCCAUGGAGCACCUUGCCCUGAAGCCGUAGAGACACACCCCACAAACGAGACGCCUUCGACCGCUUCUUUACCCUUGAAACCAAGUCGAAACCAACAAGUCACUCCUACUCCAUCUCAGGGCUCCAGAGAUCAAUGCGUUGUCGAUCACGCCCUUGAACAGCCCGUCGAGACGCCCUCGAAUGAAGCACAUCAAGAACAGCCUGUCCCAGAACUCUCUUCCCGCGAGCGAGAUGCCUUGGAUGACAUGAUCGAAGCAGCUAAAGCCGUAAAAGACUUGCCUUUGGACCCUCUGGAGGAAGGCUCCGUCGAAGCAAAUGAUACAGAGGCCUCGGACGCGUCCGAUACAGAAUCGACUGGGAAGAAAGAAAGACACCCCUCUAAAGAGGACCAGCUGGUAGAGGCCUGGCAGCAGAAAUUCGCUUGCAUGCAAAAGCAUGAUUCAAAUUCCAAGCUAGACAACCCGAACAGUAAGACCAUCGAAGUCCUACAGCAAAUGCUGGACUACUAUACAAGGACAUCGGAUCAGUGGCGUACGUUGGCCUAUCGAAAGGCGAUCGCUGCGCUUCGCAGACAACCGAAAAAGAUCGUCACCAGAGCGCAGGCGCGUGCUAUCCCCGGCAUAGGGCCGCGCUUAGCAGAUAAGGUCGAGGAGAUCGUGUUUACUAACCGGCUGCGUCGUUUGGAAAACGCAAACAAUACACCCGAAGAUCUCAUACUACAGGAAUUCUUGGGGGUCUACGGUGCCGGCAUAUCGCAAGCGUCUCGAUGGAUUGCUCAGGGCUACAGGUCGCUGGAUGAUCUCAAGACCAAAGCAUCAUUGACGAAAUCACAGCGGGUUGGAGUGGAACACUACCACGAUUUUGCCCAGCGAAUUCCGCGGCGUGAAGUCGAAGCCCACGGAGAAAUCGUCCGAAAGGCGGUCCAGAGGUCGGACCCUGGGAUGCAGGUCAUCAUCGGUGGUUCUUACCGGCGUGGGGCGCCCGACUCAGGUGACAUCGAUCUGCUCAUCACAAAAGGCGAUGCCACGAUUGAGCAGAUCAGGGCGGUGAUGAUGGACAAUGUGAUUCCUCGACUCUUUCAAGACGGCUUUCUUCAGGUCAGUCUCGCCAGUACCUCCCGAGGCGACGGAUCCAAAUGGCACGGAGCGUCUGUGUUGCCUGGCAGUAAAACCUGGCGCCGCAUUGAUCUUCUAUUUGUACCUGGAUCAGAAAUAGGGGCCGCGCUGAUUUAUUUCACUGGGAAUGACAUAUUCAACCGGAGCAUGAGACUGCUGGCGAGCAAGAAGGGGAUGCGCUUGAACCAACGAGGACUUUAUGCAGAUGUACUACGUGGAGAGCAACGGAGGAAGCUAAACGAAGGCCGGCUGCUUGAGGGACGCGAUGAGAGACGGAUCUUUGAGAUUCUGGGGGUUCCAUGGCGACCUCCCGAGCAUCGCAUAUGCUGA